GUUGUAGUUGCACCCACAAUCGUGAAAUCAAAUAUGAGCGGAGAUAUCGGCAUCCUAAUACCAUUCCCAGAAGAACGUAACUGGCCAAUCAGUUGUUUACUUCUCAUUCUUGUCUACAAACCUGACAAUAAUUCACAUCAAUGGAUUAAAACCCUUGAUGAUCUUGUCAAACUGUCCAAAACAAGUGUGAAAGAAAAUGAAGCCUAUAUAGCAUUUGCUAUGUCAAGGUUAGAUAUUUCCGAUGCGCAAAAUCGCACGAUUUUAAAAAAUCUCGGAGAUGACACUGUAUCUUCGUGCAUUGUUAAUGUUAAUAUAAAUGCGGUUACUACAAUGGGAGAAACAGUCACCAACAUUGAAAUAAAAGGAAAUAAUUUGAAGCUAGCAGAUGGUGCAGAAUACAGUUACUUCACAAUAUCUACUUCUCCAAGAGUAAACAACGCAGUCUUGUUGAAAUUAAGCAAUGUAUCAUACUUCACAAAAGACACGGCAAUGACUGAACCAGACGUAAUUGCACCGGGCGAAAUUCCACCAGUAUCCAUCCCAACGAUUGUCACUGCUGUAACUUCUGUCGGAAUCGCAAUUGCUGUAGCGUUGGUUGUUCUUUGGAUUAUUAAAAAAAAGAGGAACAGGAACGAAGAAAGAAAAUCAGCCACGCAUGAUGCUCCCGCUAUUUGUCCAUAUGAAACCACAUUCAUAUCAAGCGUCGCUUCAUCAAGUUCUAAACAAAUUCAACCAGAGUCCCCAUACAGCUACGAAAACGAUGCCACACAUUACGAAGAGCCAAUGUCGACAAUCAAAAAAGACGAAAACAACAGGAAAACUUAUGAAAAUAUAAAUCCCUACCAGACUUGUGGUAUCAAGUCAGAUUCAGAUGAAACUAAGUACGAAGAAGUAAAGACAAAACGUUGGAAAAUUAACUCGAAUUGACGCGGAGUACGCAUACCAAUGUUAUCAAAAUGCUAUUCAUUAAUCAUUGUUUUGGACAUUGCUUCCUCAAAUAACUAUAACUUACUUGUUAGCUGGUUAAGCCAAAGCACUUCAGACUGUGUAUCUUUCUUAGCCAAGUGUAUUUCUAAAUAUGGAAACUUUCGAUUUACAUUUGGAUGCAUUUGAGAAGUUGAAGAUGAAUAUUAUCCGCUUCAUAAACUAUGCAUAGAUGUUAAAUUAGCCAAUUUGCGAUACAAACAAACACUCCAAUAUUAUUUGGUCAUAUGGUAAUUGUCAAUAUUCGUAUGUCAGUGAUUCCAUUUUGGAUUUAUUUUCAUGCGUCAACUUUCAUCUUUGCGUUUGAAUUGUUUGAUUAUAAUUUAUGGUAUUAACGAAAAAUCUCUGAGAUAAUCACAAGAUUAUAAUUCAGCUGAAGUCAAAGUAUUGAACCAUGUAGUUAUCAUUUUUGGUUUGAAAGACGACAUCCGGUAACAAAGUUUGAUGGAAACUGAUGUGAUUCAUUUUUAUCUUCAGAACCCAUGUAUUAUAUGUCGAGGAAUUUUAUUAUCAAUAUUAUCUUUAUAUAUGUUAUGAGAUUUCAAAAAAGCAAAAUUAAUUUCAACAAAAAUAGACACGCUACUAAAGAAAAACCUGAAGUAGUGAUUUAGUAAACAAGAAAAUAACAAAUUCCGCUUUUAGCGAUUUCCGCCUAAUCUAAUGAUCACGUAAUUCACAAAUAACCAAAUGUAAGAAGUACCGGCGCCCACAUAACGUUUCUACUUGAAUCCGACUACAAUGAACUAUGAAAAUUUUUUUGUGAAUUGUCGAAAACAGUCAAUAUGCUUUUUAUGCUUGAAAAUGUCCAAGGCUCAUAUUUCUUAAGUAAACAGAAAACUAGAUUUGUUUUCUUUACAAUAGUUUUUC